AUGUGCUAUGAGGAUUUGGCUCGUACUUAUCAUCAUCUAAAGGGUCUUCCAGUUCGAAGUUACACGGAUGCAAUUCCGGGUAUUAUCAUCGGAAUAGUACAUAUCCGGCUACUAACUGCCUUGCGAACGCGAGAGGGACGUGAUAACGAGCCGGUAGCUACAAAAACACGCUUGGGCUGGUGCCUAUUCGGUAAAAGCUCGAACAACGGAGACGCUAUGCAGCAGUUGAAUCUACAUCUCGUUGAUGAAGUAUCAAACCGUGAACUGCAUCAGUUGAUAAAGCAAUUUUUCACAGUCGAGGAGUCCAGUGUUACCGUGAAGCCGGAGUCAGAAGAAGACCGACGAGCGCGACGAAUAAUGGAAGCUACAACCCGUCGUGUUGACGACCAUUACGAGAUAGGGCUACUAUGGAGAUACGAUGAGAUAUGCUUUCGAACAGUUACCCGAUGGCACUGCGGCGGUUACAAGGAUCCAGUGUUAGACGCAAUAGUGAGGGAGAAGAUAAUGGAAUACGAAGCGAAGGGAUAUGCUCAUCGCAUUACGUCGGAAGAGCUGAGCUCUACGGAUCCCUAUAAAGUCUGGUACUUACCCUUGGGAGUGGUCCAGAACCCAAAGAAACCGAAUAAGUUGCGGUUAAUAUGGGAUGCUAAAGCACGAGUAGGAGGAACAUCGUUUAACGACAUGCUGCUAAAAGGUCCGGAACUCCUUGUAUCUCUGAUGGAGGUAUUGUUGUGCUUCAGACAGGGGAACAUUGCGGUAGUAGGUGAUAUUAAGGAAAUGUUCCACCAGAUCCGUAUACGGGAUGACGAUAAACAGGCCCAGAGGUUCAUAUUUCGACAAAGUCCAGAGAUAGAACCCCAGGAAUACGUUAUGGACGUAGCAACCUUCGGGGCAUCGUGCUCGCCAAGUCUGGCACAAUUUAUAAAAAACAAGAACGCAUCGGAGUUUGCUGGAGCCUUUUCGAGGGCGGCGAAAGCUAUAACGCAAAACCACUAUGUGGAUGAUCUUCUAGAUAGCGUAGACACCGAAGAGGAGGCCAUCCAGUUAGUCAACGAAGUAAAGCACAUACAUCUUCAAGCAGGAUUCGAGAUUCGCAACUUCUGUUCCAAUUCAGUCGGAGUCCUGGCGAGCAUUGGAGAACCAUUAGCGCGUCGACAAAUAUCCAUGAACCUGGAAAAAUUCCCAGAAUCAGAGCGAGUCCUUGGAUUGAUCUGGAAGCCAACGGAGGAUGUCUUCACGUUCGACAUAAACAGUAUGAAGGAGGAGAUAAAGACGCUGAUUCACAGCGGAGCUACACCUAGUAAACGGCAAGUUCUACAAACGGUAAUGUCCUUGUUCGACCCACUGGGGCUGAUAGCGCACUUCGUUGUUCAUGGGAAAAUACUCAUGCAACAGAUUUGGAGAACCGGAACGGAAUGGGACGAGCUCAUUACGGAAGAAUUGUGGGACGAGUGGAGGCUGUGGUGUCAGUGCCUGCGGCGUUUGGACGAAGUGAAGGUACCUCGUUGCUUCUUCAAAGAGGUAGGCAUUACUGCGCUCAAAGAUGCGGAAGCUCACCUGUUCGUAGAUGCUAGUGAGAUGGCUUGUGCAUCGGUUCUGUAUCUUCGCUUCAUGGACAACGGUAAACCCAGAUGUGUCCUAGUAGCCGCGAAAACGAAGGUCGCCCCGCUGAAACCACUUUCCAUUCCGCGUCUUGAACUUCAAGCGGCAAUGAUCGGAACAAGGUUGAUGGAUUCCGUUCUAAACGCUCUAGAUAUCCAAAUUACCAAGCGCUUCUUGUGGACUGAUUCGACAACGGUCCUCUGCUGGUUUCGAUCUGAUAGUCGACGCUACCAUCAAUUCGUGGCCUUCCGGGUAGGAGAAAUCCUCACUUUAAGCAGUGUUGAUGAGUGGCAUUACGUGCCAUCGAAGAAGAACGUCGCUGAUGUCGCCACAAAAUGGAAAGAUGGACCAAGCUUCGACCCGAACCACCCGUGGUACAAUGCUCCGGAAUUCUUAUACCAAGCGCAGGAUCAGUGGCCGUCGGAACCGCUCCAGAGUCAGGCGGAAACGGAAACCGAACUACGUGCCGUGUUUCUCUUCCACGGUACAGUGCCUUACGAGUUUUUAAAAAUGUCUAGGUUUUCGAAGUGGAAUCGUCUGUUGAGAGCUACAGCCUACGUUCUACGAGCCGUGCGGAGAUUCAAGGGAGAGAAACCUGUUAAACCGGAUCAUCUAACACAGGGCGAGCUGUGCGAUGCAGAAAACGUAAUAUAG